AUGGCCACUGAACCGGCGCCUGCAUCUAUCGCUACAAACCUCCCAACAGAGGUCCUUGUCGAGAUAUUUAGAUGCAUAGAACGCGUCAAACUCGAUCCAACCGUCAUUCGACCCACCGUAACAGACGGUAUUUAUACCAUGGCUCUGAUCUGCAAGAGCUGGUACGGGCCCUUUACAAAAGUGGCAUACGAAACCAUCGAGUUUCCACGCGUCGCAUGCGUAUUUCGGUUUCUCGAAACGCUACAGACAAGCCCUCAUCUUCGACCACUAGUCAAGUCGCUCCUCCUACCUGGCCGAGUUGGCGUCUCGUGCCCCGAGCUGCUGGUCAAAGCAUUUGUAAAGAUCAUUCACCUGGUAGAAUCGCUUGAGCACCUGUAUACGACAUGUCCCUUCCUUAUGGACCCUAGAUUCGCCGGCGAGGGUGCAUACACUGGGAACCACCAUCUCGUCCCAAUCACCCACGGCCGACACAGUCGCCUCAAGUAUCUUUUACUCUAUUCGGAGACGACAAAGGCCUCUGUCUUCCCGUCCGCCAUUGUACACAACUUUUCGCAGCUCACCUUUCUGUCAUUAAACGGUUUCUUCCUACGGGACGACGUGGAUCCGGACAAGGUACCAGUCCUUGAGAAAUUAUACAACUUUCACGCUGUCGGAGGGAACGUGAUGACCCGGAUGGACAAGUGGAUUCGAGCUUGCCCAGUUUUGGGGGAGCUUUACCUCUGCUAUACCGAAAUCCCCAACUCGACGACCGAAACACCGCCAAUUUCUAUACUCGAGACAAACAAAAUCUUUUGGCUCAGUCUCACACAUAUGUUCCCGCAUGCGACGCGACCCUAUAGUGGAUCGUGGCUUGCCCGAUGCUCAUCUGUGCGUGCUCUUCGCACGACAUGGGAUCUCUUUUCAAGCGGGAAAGAGUUUUAUCCAUCCUAUCUUGAGUCGCUUACCCUUGAAGUCGGUCCGAAGGACGGUCUUACGAUGGAUCCAUUCAAAACAUAUCUCUCUGCUCGACCUUAUGUGGGGAAGUUUGACUUGGUCCGAUGUAAGCAUGAGAAUUGGACACGAAAGCAUUCGGAAACGUUGGAGAGGUCAUUCAAAGAGGCCAGUAUUCCGUUCCAAAUACAGGAGGUCGCCUGUAAAUGUGCUCAAAGUACAUCUGAGUGGAAGGAGCGGAGGAUGCUUUUGCCAUCACUUUCUAUGGCGCAUUCACGGCAGGAUAUUGUGAAGGUGGUCAAGUGGGAGUGGUCACGAUUCUGA